GGCGGCUCCAGGAGGCGCAGCGCGGCGAGGAUGGGCCAGGGCGCCCCAGGCGGGCACUAGGACCCGGCGGAGGGAGAGGCGGGCCGGUGGGGCGGCCCCGCUCCUCCUCCUCCUCCUCCGCCUCCGCCGGCGCCAUGAUCAGCGCUGCAGGAGCGGCUGCGGUUGCUCUGACCCACCGCCGGGAGCUGGAGCCGGGCCAGGGCCAGCGGGCGCCCCGGAGAGCAGCUAGGCCGAUGCAAGACGUGCUUGCUCGCAAGGAAGCCCCACUGCAGCGGCCGGGGCUUACUCCCAAGUCAAGGGGCUGCAAGACGCCCUAAGAGCCCGGCCCGAGGGCGGUUGUUGCAUCAGCUCGGGAGGCACCGACCGAGCAAGCCCUCGCGCCCGCCCUGCAAAAGAUUGCAGACCAAGGGUGCAGGUGAACGAUGACCACACUCACCCGGCAGGACCUCAACUUUGGCCAAGUUGUUGCUGAUGUGCUUUCUGAAUUUUUGGAAGUGGCCGUACACCUCAUUCUUUAUGUCCGGGAAGUCUACCCCACUGGGAUUUUCCAAAAGAGGAAAAAAUACAACAUACCUGUCCAGAUGUCUUGCCACCCAGAGUUGAAUCAAUACAUCCAAGACACCCUUCAUUGUAUCAAACCACUGCUGGAAAAGAACGACGUGGAAAAAGUCGUGGUGGUCAUCCUGGACAAAGAGCACCAUCCGGUGGAGAGGUUUGUGUUCGAAAUCACGCAGCCCCCUUUGCUGUCGAUCAGCUCUGAUUCCCUUCUGAACCACGUGGAACAACUGCUGCGUGCUUUUAUUCUGAAGAUCAGCGUGUGUGAUGCAGUUCUGGAUAACAACCCACCAGGCUGCACUUUCACAGUCUUAGUCCACACCAGAGAAGCUGCCACCCGGAACAUGGAAAAGAUCCAGGUUAUUAAGGACUUCCCCUGGAUCUUAGCAGACGAACAAGACGUCCACAUGCAAGACCCGCGGCUGAUCCCGUUGAAGACUAUGACGUCGGAUAUUUUGAAGAUGCAGCUCUAUGUAGAAGAGCGGGCUCAAAAAGGGAGCUGAAUCCAACACUUCUUGCAGCGCUGAGAUCUGCAAGGGAUCAACACGCAAGCAGACUCUGGGGCACCAAGACCACACGUGCCGAGACCACCCGCCUCCUCCCAGACACAUGCGUGUCGAUGUUUUCCAAAAGUGCUCUUACCCUGGUCUGCAGAUGAGACUCCUGGAAGAACAGACUGUAUGGCCAUCAGUAACUUUGUGCGACUGCGUUUGGGGUGUGUGCAUGUGUAACAAGUUUCUAAACCACUCUAAGGACUGCUUUUAAGUGUGGGUGGAAGGAGGUGCUGUGCUGCAUUCUGUGUAUUUUGUGAGCCUGAAGGGAACUCAUUUAUAAUCCCUUUCUGGUUCUGAAGUCCCUGUUUGAGGUUCAAAGAGUCCGUGUCAAUUGUGGUUGUCUAGGGGUGUCCACCUGGCCAGAACAUGGCUUUUGUUUGGAGCCCUUGGGUGUUGUGCUUGUUCCGCCUAAUCAAUAAACAGAAUAUUUUCUAUCAAAAA